AAAUACACGGGACAACAUGAAACACGCACCACACACAGGGAUAUACCACCACGUCGCCAUGCACUCCAUCAGUUUUCUUGUCCUGUCGCUCCUUGUCGCACCUGUGCAGGCCUUCCUCUUCCGCUUCCCCAGCCCCACCCCCCCGUCCCGCACCGCUCCUCUUGAGACUCCCCGCUCCGACACUGCCUCCUUCUUUAUCCCCGCUCUCCCUCCCUCUCUGCCAAAACUGACCGUGGCUGUCCUCUCCGUCCUCUUCCCUGCGGCCGUCACCUUCUCCCCCCCCCCCGCAAUCGCCGAUGGGGCCACCUCCCGCUUUGUCCUCCCCCCCGUCGACACCACGGAUAAGGGGAGGUAG